UGUAAUUUCCGGAAGUCAACAUAAAAUACUUGACUGGACACUUGCUUAUCAUCUGAAUGAAAUUUUGACAGGUUUUUGUCCCACCUACCCAAGGUCUGAUGAAAAUCAGUCGUAGUUCAUGAGCCAUAGUACAGAGUAUGCAAAACAAGUCAUGGAAGAUUUAGAUGCCUUACUAGCUGACUUGCAGUCAACCACUGCCCAUAUCUCCUAUAGCAACCAGGGCCCACCCCUGGCGCGCGGGACUGUUCAGCCAAGUGCGAAACCCAGCUACCUAGUGGCACCCAAUCCAGGAGGGCGCACCAACAACACCCCAUCACCCCUGCCGCCACCUCCCCAGGAUCUCCCAGAUACCAUUCCACCACCACAGCAGUUUGAUGAUCAGCCCCUCUACGAACCUCAGAACGUGCGUCGGGACCUGAACAAUCGGCUCUCUAGUUCAUCUCGGUCAUCCCAGGGUUCCCAGGGAGAAAUACCAUACCAUUCCAGGGAUCAGUACUCCCAAAAUACACAGUAUCAGCAGCGACCGGGGUCAAGGUCAUCUCAGGGUUCUGGUUCUGGCGAGGGAUCUUACUACGGUCGAGAACCCAGCCAGCACUAUCAACAGCAGCAACAACAGUUUCAGCAUUACACGCCCCAGCAACAACAGCAUAAUCAUCAAGAUCAAACAGGAAUGUCUAUGAUCAGCAACAACUUGUCAGAGCUUGACCAGCUCCUGUCUGACCUGAACUCCGCUCAGUUCAUGGCAGAGGUGGACAAGAAACAUGCUCAAAUUGGUGGUAAACAGCCACCGCCCGCUGUAGCUCCUAAACCAAGUCGAGGUGGAGGGAAUAUCUCAGUUGACAGCUUGCUGGAUCAACUGGAAGUCAGUGCACCCACUGGGAACCAGGGGCAGAUAAAGCCUGCUUACAAUGGCACACAGAACCAGCAUCAUGUGGGUCAGCCAGGUGGGCAUGUCCAGGUGGGUCAGCCAGGUGGGCAUGUCCAGCAGAACACGUAUGCAGAGGCCCAGCAAGGGGUGCAGAGUACCAGUGCUGCAACACAGGAACUGGAUGAUCUGAUGGCAACACUCUCCGACUUCAAGAUGAAGGACAAGGUGGCGGGCAGUCAGGUACGAAGGUCCCCGUCCCCGGGCAGCGAGCCCUCGUAUGCUAAGCCACAGAAGAGCCGCAACCUGUCACAGUCCAGCAGCAACAACAGCAGCACUCAGGGAAGCCAGAUAACCAGUAACCUGUCUGGAGGCUCCAACCAAGGGGGACAACUGGAGUCCAUGCUGGGUGACCUGCAGUCCGACCUCAGCAAACAAGGAGUCAAUACAAAGACCAAGGGACUGUGUGCCGCCUGCAACCAGCCGGUUGUAGGACAGGUGAUAACAGCCCUGGGUAAGAUCUGGCACAUCGAGCACUUUGCAUGUGCCCACUGUCACGAGACCCUGGGUACAAAGAACUUCUAUGAGCGAGAUGGUGUUGCCUACUGUGAGAUGGACUAUCACUCGCUGUUUGCACCGCGCUGUGGCUACUGUAAUGGGCCAAUUAUUGAUAAAUGUGUGACUGCAUUAAACCAGACUUGGCACCCUGAGCAUUUCUUCUGUGCCCAGUGUGGACGUCCGUUUGGUGAGGAUGGAUUCCAUGAACGAGAUGGCAAGGCAUUCUGCAAGAUAGACUUCUUUGAGCUGUUUGCGCCCAAAUGUGGUGGCUGCAACCGCGCCAUCAAAGACAACUACAUUUCUGGCCUUAACCGUCACUGGCACCCUGAGUGCUUUGCAUGCUGGGAAUGCCACCAACCGUUUGGUGGUGGCAGUUUCUUUGACCAUGAAGGGCUUCCAUACUGUGAGACCCACUACCACCAGAAGCGUGGCUCCCUCUGUGCUGCCUGUCAGAAACCCAUCACGGGGCGAUGUAUCACAGCCAUGUCCAAGAAGUUCCACCCCGAGCACUUUGUGUGCGCCUUCUGCUUGAAGCAGCUCAACAAAGGGACGUUCAAGGAGCAGAACGAUCGACCAUAUUGUCAUCCUUGUUUUGUAAAGUUGUUUGGAUAAGAUCGUUCAAUGAUUAAAUCUUGUUAGGCUUUGAAUUAUUUACUUUUUCUGUUACUGAGUUAAAAGCUUUUGUUUACCAUGGACGUGAUAGGAAUGAAUGGAAUUUUAUUUUGUUGAAAUGUAGUAAUUUUCUGUGUUUGUAUUCUUUUAUUUUAUAAAUAUUUUUUUUCCUAAUUUAGGGAUAUUAUUUUACCUAAAUUAUACUGUUGUCUAAACUUGAAGAAAUCACAAGUGAGUUAAAAUAAUGUUUCAAUUUAGUCAAAUGUAAAGAAUUUCUAUGCUGACAUGUUGUAAAAUCUUGUACCUUCUAUUUUUACAAGAAACCUGUAUGUUUUAUAUAAACGACGGUGUUAUGGGAACACAUGAGUGGGCUGGCAAUCAGGCUACUGGAAGUAUUGGUCCAGAUUUUAACUUUGUAUGGAUUUUCAAAUAAAUUGCCACAAGUGAUCAGCAUGAUAAAGGCAAUGUUUACUGCACACUUUAAGCAGAGCAUAACUGUUUCAGUAUGAAUGUAUUUUCACUCACAAUUUAAGGUAACAUGUUUAAUUCAUGACAAGAUCACAACUUUUUCCAGCAUGGAUGGAUCUUAAACCCAUUUAUGCCUAACAUCUAGAAAAAAAACCUUGGCAAACAGUGUAGACCCAGAUGAGACACAGCAUGAUGCGGCGUCUCAUCAGGGUUUGUGCUGUUUGCUUAAAGGAAUUUCUGUAAGAAAUAUUCUAAAUAUAGAAAUAAAUAUACUUGAAAUCCCUAAUUUUGGAAAUAAAUUUAUCUAAUUUAGAAGGAUGAGAGAGUCCACUAGGCAUAAAUGGGUCAGAAUAAUUUUGCAAAAGUUAUCAACAUGAUGCUAUGGAGUGUUGUUCACAAAAACCAGGUCCCUAUUUCCAAGUUAUGGGCAACAACUCUAGGUAAAUAAUAGAAUGGAGUCAAAUUGUUCUUCACACUUUGUACAAAUCAUAACUUUGUUUAGCAUGGAUUGAUUGAUUGAAUUAUAAAAGAUAACACAAUUUAUCAGCAUGAGUCCGAGUGUCACUUUCAAGAACCAGGUCAAUAUCUCUAAGGUAAGCAUCACAAAUAAAAUUAAAAGGGUGCAAUCAUAGUCUUGAGCAAAUCAAGCAUUUCGGAUAUUUGCAGUAGGUACCAGCAUAAUGAGUUGCUUAGUCAUUAGGUCCAAGGUCAGUAUGAGAUUUUUUUCAAUCUUGGCCUUUAAUAUGUUUAUACCAACGGGAUUUUCUUUGAGACAAUGGCACUCUUGUUGUAUAGUGGUAAGCAAUGCACUAAUGCGUAAUUGGCCUUAAUCAGUUUGUAAAUAUACUUUUUGAACAGCCCUCGUCCAUCAAAAUUCUUGUUCUGUAAUUGUUGAUCAUAUCUCCUUUAACUUUAUAUUGUUCUUUUCUGGAAAGUACUAUGACAGUUUUUUAUCCAUAUAAUUUUUUGUUUGCAGCUGUGACCCAGAAAGUACCAUUAUUCUGUGCAUUUAUGUUAACUGUCAGAUUAAAAGCUACCUGUAGGCAAAUAAGUCAUAACUGGGUAAUUGUCACUCAUUUUUCUUAAACUUAGUAAGCAGAAGCAUGGAAAUUCUUUAUCAAAAUCAGUGGAAGGAGUAAAUAAGCAUGUGAAUCGCGCUCUAUGAAAAUCAGAUUUAAUGCAUGUGCGUAAAGUGUCGUUCCAGAUUAUCCUGUCCGCACAGGACUUUAUUUUCUUCUUAGAAGUGCUGUCUUUAAAAGAAACAAAUAUAAAAGGGGAAAGUGUCGAACUGCAGAGGCUAAUCAGCUACGACACUUUACGCAUAUGCAUUAAACCCUUUUCUCAGAGCACAGCCCAUAUUAUCAUUUUUAUUUUACAUUUUCAUGACAAAUUUUCUUGUAUUUAUUAUUAAAUUGCAAAAUAUUUCAGAAAGCUCUCAAAUAAAGUAUAUGUUCAUUUUUUUUUUUUUGGAAUAAUUUGUUGUUUUAACAAGUAGACUUUUUAAUGCAACUUGUCCAUGGUCAAUCCUAGGUUUUUGGGUAACUUUUGUCACCCUUUUUGCAAAACAAUGUAUAUAUAUCAAGGUAUAUAUAUAUAUGUUAAAAUGCAUUGCCGAAUAUUUAUGUCAUAAAUUGCUACAUUUAUGUACACUUCCAUAUUUAUAUCUUAAUGUAAUCUAUUAUAGCUUCAAACACUUAUUUAUCUCUUAUCCGAAGCUAUUUUAUGAUAAUUAAUCUUUUUCUGCUCCCAAAGCGGGAGACAUAUUGUUUCCACCCAGUCAGUCUCAGUGUCAUUCCACAGUUGUGGUUUUCGCUGUCUAACACGACCACUUUUCAUGGGAUCAUGACCAUACUUUCUGAAAAUAUUAAUUAGCGUCAAUUGUGGGCAAAUUUCAAUAACCAGCCAAUUCCACCAGGCAUUGUGGAGUUUGGGCAUUUUAAUUAUUGCCCUUUGUUAAUUUUUGUAUUUAAAUUGUGCUCAGAGCUUGUCUCAACAACUAGAAGAGGUAUAAACUUGACAUUAAAUGGGUAGGUAGAUAUCCUUGAGUGGAUGUACAGUGCUAAAGAAUCAUAUCUCUUGCUCCCCAAUUUUAAGAGUAAUUAUUGCUUUGAGUAAUCAAGAGAAUAUCUUGAAAACUAAAGAGGUGUCAACUUGAAAGGUAGGUAGGUAUCAUAUAGGGAUGUGCAUUUCACAAAAACCAUAACUUGUUUUCUUCUAUUAUAGAGUAAUUGCCCAUUGUUAAUGUACUUAAGCUUUGUCCAGAACAAACCUCUUAAAUAAAAGAGUUAUAAAAAAGUUAGGUUGGUAUGAGAUCUUAUUUGAGGUGCCCGAAGCAUGUUUGAGCCAUUCGAACAAAAGAACGUGUGAAAAUUGUCACCGGGACUGUGAAAACUAUUCCAGCCAUCUGAUAGUUGGAGCCUCGCCAAUUCGAGCCAUCCGAUUAAAUUGAAGAUGAAUAUAUAGCAAUACAAAAUCUGUGCUUUGAUGAGGGUUGGAGCCAAGCGAGUUAGAGCCAUCGGGUUUUGACUGUAUAUCUCAUAAUAAAGCUUGUGAAGACUUUAUAGGCUAUAAUAUUGCCCAUUAUUUUCAAUAAACUUGGUCAAAAUAUUGAUUCCACUUACUUUUGGGCAGAUUUGAGAUUGAUUCACAAGGGAAUAAAAACUAGGUCAUAUCAAAGGAAAGGCUUGUGAACCCUCUAGAGGACAUAAUUCUUUCCAAAUCUUCAUGAAACUUAGUCAGACAUGUGUUCCAGUGAUAUACCUGUCGAGUUUUUAAACUGUUUAAUGUGAAUUCACAAACUUUGUCACUAGAUAAGUUUGAACACUUUAGGAGUCACACUAGUAAGCGCAUACUUCAUAACACUUGGUAAUAGAUUUGUUCUUAUGAUAUUUUUGCUGAGUGAAGAAUAAUUCUGGUCCAUUGAAAAAAACAUUGCCACCCUUUCUGUAGUACAACCAUUUUCUGGAAGUGACUUUACUCACACUCACCAUAAAACCUGCUCAGAACAUAACACAAUUUUUUUGUUAGAAUAUUUUGUUUAGAUUUCCUAUUUAAAAACCUAUCAAACAAUUCCUGCUCUGAACAGUUGACUUUCUUAGUGUUUCAUGUUUUAGUCAUUGUUUGGAAUUUUUCCCAAAGACGUAGGACUUUUAAAUAUUAAAAUCUAGAGGUCGUUUUAGGAACAAUGAACACAGCGUAUGAAAUUGGAGACAUAUAUUUUGGAGUGUUGAAAUUGAUUUUAUGUACAAGUGGUGAUUUAAACUAUUGUUUACUAUUAAGUUUUAAAAAUAAGUGAUUGCAUGUAAAUAUAGCAUUGAAAUAUAUAUAGGAAAGAAAGCAUCAUUAAAACAUUGUGCGGUGUUCAGUACACAAAUACUUGUUACAAUUGAUCUGCAUUUAAUUAUUAUACUAUAUUAUAUUAUUAUAGUCUUUCGAUUUUAAUUCAUGAAUGCUCAGUUAUGAACAGCAUAAUGGAUCAUUUUCUAUGAGUAUCAUAUUGAAUAUUUGGUGCUUUUAUAUAUCAUCAUUACAUCAAUUUAAGCAGUGCAAAUAGUUAGGUAAGUUGUAUUGAUCAUGAAUUUUUUUGAAUACAUUUGACUUUUGUGACUUAAGUUUUGUCACACACAAAUAUAUCCUCAGUGGUUUACCCUCUAAUAUAAUGUUCAUACUUUGUUUGCAUUUUUACCUCACCUGGAGACAAUGUGGUCAUGGUGAGCUGUUAUGACCGCCUUUUGUUUUUCGUCUGUCGUGCUGCCUGACAAUUUGCCUUGUUAACACAAUAGAGGCCACAUAGGAGCCACAUUAUAGAUGGCUUGGCAUUUAUCUUUAUAUGGCUAUAGUACAGCUAUCUUAACUCACUAGUUUAUAUUUUGGCCAAGUUUAAAAAUGGUUUCAGAAAUAUCUAAAACAUUGCUCAAACAAAGAAGUUCAGUUCCUUGAAUUUUCAGGUGAUCGACCGUGGGCCUCUGGCCCUCUUUAAAAAAAAAUAUUUUGAUACAUGUAAUAAUUUUGAACUAAGUGAACAUUGUAUAAAUAUAUCUGCCUAAAAUCUACAUGUGUAUGCACUGCUGGUCACGCUCUCUUCAUUCUGUAUAUGUAUUUUGUACCUGUCUGUACCGACAAUUAGGUCUUUUUUAAGAGCUUAUUAUCUAUAUUAUGAGCAUUAACGUUUUUAAAACAAUUAUAUAAAGAUAUUA